AUGCCCGCCGGGCUCGGCACCGAACCGACCGGUUUUGGGGAGGGGGGUGUCCGCCAGUGCCCGGUGCCCGCAGCCGGGCGGGCGGAGCGGGGUUCCCGCUGCCGGGAGUCCCCGGCGCCCUCCCGGCGCUGCGGGGGAGGAGUGGCGGCAGCGGGGGAAGGGGGAGGGGGGCUACGCCGUGCGUAUUUUGGGGAAGGCGCGGUUCAGCCGGCCGGGCUGCGCUCGCCCCCUCCCCCGCCUCCUCUAUCCCUCCCUGUCCGGCUCCGGCGGCGGCUUCCUCCCUGCAAAAGCCGCUCGGACCCCCCCGGGGAGCAGGGGUUCCGGCUGCGGGGGCGGGGAGGAGGGGGAGGCUGCGCGGAGCCGCCGCCGCUCCUCUCCGCGCUGCUCCGUUCGCACACCGGGCGCGGGAUGCUCGCGGGACAGAGUUUGCCAUGGCAGCUCCCGCUGCUGCUCGCAGCCCUCUCCUGCUUGCCGGCUCCCAGCUGCGCCCAGCUCCGCUACUCCGUGCCCGAGGAUCGCGAGCCGGGCUUUUCUGUGGGCGACCUGGCUAAGGACUUAGGGGUGGAGGUGCGGAGCCUGGCCGCCCGCAACCUGCGCCUGGUGAGCGAGGGUGGGCAGCGGCACUUCCAGGUGGACCUGGCGGCAGGUGUGCUGCUCCUGGACAGUAGGCUGGACCGGGAGGCACUGUGUGGGCAGAGCCCCGCGUGCUCUCUGCACCUCCAACUCGUCAUGGAGAAUCCCCUCCAGCUCCACCGGGUUGAGGUGGACGUCCUCGACGUGAACGACAACGCACCCCAGUUCCCCAAGCCAGAGGUGGUGUUGGAGAUCACUGAGGUUGCCAACCCUGGGACCCGGCUGCCCUUGGAGGUAGCAGAAGACCCGGAUAUGGGCUCCAACUCCAUCUCCACCUACGAGCUCAGCCCCAGCAAGCAUUUUGCCCUGAGCAUCAACGUGAGAGGAGAUGGUGUUAAAAUGCCCGAGAUCGUACUUGAAAAAGCCCUGGAUAGAGAGAAAGUGCCUGUUCAUCAUCUAACACUGACAGCCCUGGAUGGAGGGAAUCCUGUGAAAUCUGGCACUGCCAGGGUUACCAUCCAUGUCUUGGAUGCCAAUGACAACCCUCCUGUCUGUGACCCACCCAUAUCCAAGGUACUCCUGGAGGAGAACGUGCCAGUGGGCACUCUGGUCACCAAGCUGAAUGUCACCGACCUGGACGAAGGUCCCAACGGGGAUGUGGAAUAUUCUUUCAAAACCAGCAAUAAUGCACCUGGUAAAUUCACUAAACUGUUCUCCUUAGAUGCCCGUACAGGGGAGAUCAGAACCAAAGCCCCACUGGAUUAUGAGGAAUCCAGUGCUUACGAGAUUGCAGUUCGAGCCAGGGACAAGGGGUCCCCAGCCAUGGAAGGCCACUGUCACCUGCGAGUGGAAUUAAUUGAUAUCAACGAUAACAGCCCAGAGAUCCUGCUGACCUCUGUCUCCAGCCCAGUGCAGGAGGAUGCAGCCCCAGGCACGGUGAUCACCCUCAUCGGGGUGAAGGACAGUGAUUCCGGUGACAACGGGCAGGUCCAUCUGCAGAUAGCAAAAGAGCUCCCAUUUAAACUGGUGUCGUCUUUUAAAGAGCAUUUCUCACUGGUCACCAGUGGUCCCCUUGAUCGGGAGAAAGCCAGUGGAUACAACAUCACAGUGAGGGCUGUGGAUUCAGGGUCCCCCCAGAGGGCCACACAAAAAACCUUUUAUCUCCGCAUCGCUGACGUGAAUGAUAACGCGCCAAAUUUCUCCAGCCCUUUUGAUACAGCUCAUGUUCAGGAGAACUCCCUCCCUGGAACUUCUGUCUUUUCAGUGUCAGCAUCAGACCCUGAUGAGGGUAGCAAUGCCAAGCUGUCUUACUCCAUCCUGGACAAUGGGAUGCAGGAUGUACCUAUCUCCACCUACUUCCGAAUAGACCAGGACAACGGCACCAUCUACACCGUGCGAGCUCUGGAUUACGAACAGGACAAGGUGUUCCAGGUGCCUGUGGAGGUGAAGGAUGCUGGGUCUCCUGCUCUGAGUAGCACUGCUGUGGUCCAUGUGUUUGUCCUGGAUGAGAAUGACAAUGCUCCCAACAUUGUCUACCCGUCUGUCCCCAAGGGCUCUGCCUUCCACCAAGCCAUCCCGGCCUUGGCAGAGCCUGGCUAUCUGGUAACUAAAAUUGUAGCAGUUGAUGCUGACAGUGGCCAUAAUGCCUGGCUGUCCUACCAGCUGCAGGAAUCUGCUGAGGCUUUGCCUUUCCAAGUGGAACGCCGCUCCGGAGAGAUAAGGCUUGCACAGGCUCUCAGGGAGUCCCAAGAUUCCCACAGGCUGGUGGUGGAAGUGAGGGACAAUGGCACGCCGUCCCUCUCUGCCUCUGUGGUAAUUGUCAUUUCUCCGGAGGAAAACAGCGUGCAGGACUUCUCCAAGUCCUUGGACCUCCCCCAGUCUUCUCCCGAGGAUUCCAACCUAACGCUUUACCUCAUCAUCUCCUUGGUGUCCAUCUCCCUCGUGUCCUGCGUGAUGUUUGGACUGGUGGCUGCCCGGUGCCUCAAAGCUGGCAGUGCCAGCUGGACCUUGGCGGGUUGCUGCCGAGGGACUGGCCGCAAGCACGCCUCCCAUUUCCGAGGGCAGAUGAAGCCAGAUGGCUUCAUCAAGUACCUGGACGUGGGAGGAGCAGGCUUGACCUCCCAGGCACAGAAUUACACCUCUUGUUUCUCGCCCAUGUCUGAGCAGAGCGAUUUCCUCUUUGUAAAGCCCUUCAGCCAUUCCAGCACUGCAGAGACCCAAGCUCAGCCUAACACAGACUGGCGCUUCUCUCAGACCCAGAGACCUGGAACAAGUGGCUCCCAGAAUGGAGAGGAAGCUGGAGCCUGGCCCAACAAUCAGUUUGACACAGAGAUGCUCCAAGCCAUGAUCCUGGCUUCAGCCAACGAAGCUGCUGACGGUAACUCCACCCUGGGCGGUGGCAAUGGCACGAUGGGGCUGAGCGCCCGCUACGGCCCCCAGUUCACCCUGCAGCACGUCCCCGACUAUCGGCAGAACGUCUACAUCCCGGGCAGCAAUGCCACCCUCACCAACGCCGCCGGCAAGCGCGACGCCAAAAACGCCGCCCCCGCCGGAGGCAACAAGAAAAAAUCCGGGAAGAAGGACAAGAAGUAGUGAAGAAGAGAAAAAGGAGACCUUAGAGCUACAGGGCAGCCGGCUCCAGCACUCCCCCCAAAACCACAGCCCAGGCCGGAGGACGAAUGUGAUUUUUUUUUUUUUUUUUUUUUUUUUUUUUUUGUGGUGCAAAAGUAGGAAAUGUUGCGAAUGUAUCUCGUCAUCAUCAGAGCUGAGAGCAGGGGCUCGCUGCUCUCAGGUCUCGUGAUGGAAACCAAUCCGGAAUCUAAACCGAACGCAAACAAGUGCCCUGUGAAUAAUGUUUUUUACAAUCCCUCGGGUAUUAGAAUAUGCAAGGGCGGAAGGUCUUUUGCCAUGUCUUUGGAUCACGUUUGCUCCCAGUUAGUCCGAGGAAAGGCACAAGGCUUGUGCUCGGCUUUUCCCAGUGUAAAUAAUUUUAAUGUGGAUCUUUUAAUUUAUAGCCCUUCAGCUAUUUUUUUGAAAGGAAAAGGAAGUUCUUAGCUUAGAGCCCGCGCUCCAGUUCUUUGCUCUUAAAUUUUCCAUUCGUAAAAUUCACCCUCAGUCAA